UGUCGCUUGUUGGUGACGUCACCAGCGGCCUCUUCUCACCCUGGAACUAACAGCGACCGACUACUGCAGCGUGUGUUAUAAUGCCGCCUAAGAAAGCGCCGGCAGCACCGCAAGGUGGUAAGAAAACAGAGCAAAAGAAAAAGGAGAAAAUUAUCGAGGCACCAUGAGGAGGUCCUAAAGAUGCCCCUCUGCACCAUCAGUUGAACAACAGGAGAAAUGAAAGAACUUAGCAAAUUGAGGCCUGCAGCGCCAUUCUGUAAAAUCUGGCAUUAUGUGAUAUCAAAGCAUCCACCUUAUAAAAAUGGGAAAUUAUAUGGACCAAGACCACUAUAUAAGAGGCCCAGAGGAUAACGCUUGACAAGAAAAACUUAGGCUUUAACUCUGUCAGUAAGCAUGCAAACACCACAGAAUUGUGACUCAAGACCUGCUGCAGAGACUGGACUCAUGGGGGGCAGUAAAUCUCAUCUUGGCAGGAGACAUGAAUACAACGUGGGAUAGAUACUUAGAUAAUUCAGAUUAUGCAAAUGAAAUCCAAAUCCUGUUAACACCACUGCGGAGCUUCAAAAUGGGCCAACUAGAAACGCCUGCUUGUCUUGGAUGCCACCCUUGCAUAAAACCAAUGGAACCUCCAUAAACCAAGUUAAAAACAAACUACACUUUUUUCAUAUGGAUUAUCAGAUAAAGGACUGUCACAUUGUUUAGCCUCCCUUCAGAAAUUUGGCAAUUAUCGAUAAAAGCUUAACAACAUACUGAAUGGAAUGCCUACAAGGAAACAGCCCCUUGAUACUUGCUAUGAGGGACCUUGCUUUAGCAGAUGGAGUAUGCCCCCCAGGAUCCAUUGCAGCAAUAGUGAUCAAUUCACUACUUCUUAUUAUUCAGGACAAGACCUUUGGAUUGAAGAAUAAGAAAGGUGCCAAACAACAAAAAUUCAUCAAAAAUGUCACUCAUCAAGUUAAAUUUGGACAGCAAAACCCUAGAUUGAUUGCACAGGCUGAAGGUGAAAAGAAAAACAAAGAUGAUAAGAAGAAAGAUUUGCUUGAAUUGAAUGAGCUGUUUAAACCAGUAGUUGCUGCACAAAAAGUCAGCAAAGGUGCUGAUCCAAAAUCUGUAGUAUGUGCAUUCUACAAGCAAGGACAGUGCACCAAAGGUGAUAAAUGCAAAUUUUCCCAUGAUCUCUCAUUGGAAAGAAAAUGUGAAAAAAGAAGUGUCUAUGUUGAUGGAAGAGAUGAGGAACUUGAAAAGGAUACUAUGGAAAAUUGGGAUGAAAAGAAAUUAGAAGAGGUGGUGAAUAAGAAACAUGGCGAGGCAGAAAAGAAUAAAAACAAAACCCAGAUUGUUUGCAAGUUUUUUCUUGAGGCUAUAGAAAACAACAAGUAUGGGUGGUUUUGGAUUUGUCCUGGUGGAGGUGAUACGUGCAUGUAUCGCCAUGCCCUGCCUCCUGGAUUUGUACUUAAAAAGGACAAAGUAAAAGAAGAUAAAGAUGAGGAAAUUUCUUUGGAAGAAUUAAUAGAAAAAGAGCGUGCUGCACUUGGACCUAAUGUUACUAGAAUUACAUUAGAAUCCUUUCUUCAAUGGAAAAAAAGAAAAAGACAAGAUAGAAUUGUGAAAUUGGAAGAAGAAAUGGAAAAAAGAAAAGCAGAUUUCAAAGCAGGAAAAUCUUUGGGGAUUAGUGGUCGUGAAGUGUUUGAGUUCCGACCUGAGCUUAUCGAUGAUGAUGAUGAAGAAGCAGCAGAUGACACAGAUUAUACAAUUGACAAAGAAGACUGUGAGGUGGAAAAUGUUGAUGAUGUUCAAGACAUUGAUCUAAGCCACUAUGUUCUUAAAGAUGUCGAUGAAACUGGUAUAACGAUGGCAAGUUGUGAAAGAUUUAGCUCCUAUAUUACCUCUACGCAAAAAGAUGAAAACAAGUUGUGUGUGGCAUCAGGAGGAGUAAUUGAAAAUGAAAACCGAAGUGAGGAGGAGCAAGAGAAUAAUCUGGAAAAUGGUUUUGUGGAUGCCGUUCCUGUCGAUGAAAAUCUGUUUACAGGAGAGGAUAUGGAUGAACUUGAGGAAGAACUGAGCACACUUGAUUUAGAAAAAUAAUGUUUUUUUCAAUUAAAAAAGAAAAUCUUCAACAGUUUCCUAAGGAUCAAAUUUCAGUAAUCUGCAAAUAAAUAAAUAUAUAUAUAUAUAUAAUAAAUAUAUAUUUAUUUAUUUACAGCAUCUUUUAAGGGUUACAUGGGAUUCCAAAAUAAGAAAUCCAGCGAGACCUGUUCAUUCAGUUAAAUUUAUUGGUGAUACAUUUCUCAGAAUUAUGAGCAUUUAAAUUAAGCAUCUAUUUCUUUGCAUUCUAAAUAUCACGGAUUCCUGUAAGUUCUGCGGUUUUGAAAAGGUUUAUUUAGUCUUGACACGAUCUGCCUUGUUGCUGCAAUUGUAUAGAGUUAAUAGCAGUUUCCUUUCUGGAUCUAUUUCAGAUUCACUUCAGUUUUUUUUUAUCAGUGAAAUAAAGGCCAUCAAUUUAAUAUGGUUUUUAGAAAUCUGUUUUGCCCAUCUUGUAAUUAAUACACCUUAUUUAUUGCAAUUGUUAAUGGUGAUUAACCUAUGCAUAUUUCUAUUCCAAAUGUUUGGUAAGUCGUUCACCUAUGUACAACAUAUGUUUGGUCCCUGUUGGGAUGAUUGGAUCAAAUGUAGUGUAAUUGUUGAGUAGCAAUAUUCUAUAGCAAAUUGAGACAUGCUUAGAAAUCUUCCAUAAAUCUGACAAAUAGAAAUUAUUACGUGGGAUCUAUAAAGGGCUGAAUUGUGUGUUAACUUUGGAGUCAGAACUUUGAGAUUAGCCUCAUUAUUGUAUGCUAAAUUGGCAAUAAAAUGUAGCUAAAGAUAGUGCUGGGAGUGCUCAGUGUAGUCCUUGUUGACUAUAGUAACUUCUCUCUUAGAUACAUCAACAUUUUUUAUUUUAACCCUGUACAUUUUUAUUUUCCAUGUAACAAAUCUCUUAUACCAAAAAGUUUCCCCUCAAGAAAUGUAUCCAUUUAUGCCUUUAAAUGUAUCAAUAACAUACCCCUUCAUUACUACUUUAUUAUCACCAUGUACAUUCUCCAUUUGACCUUUCUUUUGAACUUCUCAUUGUUUUUAAUUAUUUCUUCAAAAGGUUGUGUUUGUCAGAUUUCCUACAGUGGUGCCUAAAUAUAAUGUGCAAAUUAUUGUAGAAUAAUUGUGAGAACUGAACAUAUCCUUUAAGAUCUGAGAAAAAGCGAUAAGGACAAGACUGACAACUUUUGACUCCAUGUUUGAUAGCAUGCACUUUAGAAAGAAUAACUGAAAAUGAGAUUUUACAUCUUUCUUUCGACUGUUUGGUCCAUUUUUUUUUUUUUUUACAUACUGCGUCAGGUCUCCCACAAUCGAAGGAUGCCUUGUUCUUGCAAUUCGACAAGCUGCAGUUUUUCACAAGUGUGCAUGGGAUAUAGAGCUGGACUUUUAGCCAGCUACUUCAGUCCAGCUCUUUGCUUUUAAUGAUUUCUGGGAGCUUUUUGAACUGUGUUUGAAUCCUUGUACUGCUGUAAAACCUAUGAUCUGCAAGAGAUACCUAACUCUUUCACACUGUGCCAUGAGCUGAGUUAAAGCACCCAUUUCUGCAAAACAUCAGCAAACCACCUCCAUGUUUGACAUUAAAAAUGGUCCUUUGCUUUGAAAACAUCAUUUUUUUUCUCCUGUAAACAAAUAGAUGUUGUGUUUUACUAAAAAGCUAUAAUUUUGUCAUUGA